AUGAAAUUUGCCGUUUAUUGUGGUAGCUUGCCUGGUAAUGAUGAAUCUUAUAUGAGAUUAGCCAAAGAGUUAGGAGCACGAUUAGCUGCUAGGAAAAUUGAUUUAGUAUAUGGUGGUGGCAAUUUGGGCUUAAUGGGAGCUGUAGCCAACGGCGUUGCUGAAGGAGGUGGUCAUAUUACUGGUGUUAUACCCGAUUUUUUUGAAGGUUCGAGGCAUCGUAAUGCAGUCGGCGAAACCAUUAUUGUCCCCAAUUUUUACGAACGAAAAAAGAUUAUGUUUGAAAAGUCAGACGCAUUUAUUGCCUUACCUGGAGGCAUUGGCACCGUUGAUGAAGUCACUGACAUUUGGACCGGUUUUCGUAUUAGAAAACAUUCGAAGCCAGUGGGUUUAUUUAAUAUGAAAGGAUAUUAUGACCAUUUUCUUAAAUGGGCAGAAAAUGCCGCUACAUCCGGCUUUAUUGAUGAUGUGUCCAUGCAAGGGUUGGUUGUUUCCGAUGGAAUUGAUGAUUUAAUCGAUGAGCUAUGUAAAAGAAUAUCUCCAUCAGGACAAUAA